CGCUGCUGCCUUACAAUCACAGAGAGAGAGAGAGAGAAGAAGAAGGUGAAGAGAAGAAAGAAGUGAGAGUAUUGAAGCUUAUCCACCAAUCAAUCAAUGGCUCAAGUGUCUGACCUUCCAGAAGAGUUGAUAGAGAUCAUCUUGACGUACCCAACAACAGAUAUCGUUAAUCUUUACAGCUACCGCAACGUCUGUCAUUCAUGGCGAUCCGUUGCCGACAAGCUUUUAGCCUCCUCACCUCCCCAUCUACUUAUCUUUGAAAUGGGAAACAUAUGGUUUUUGAAUAUUUUCACCGGCGACUCAAGAAUGUGUAAAAGUCCCGACUUCAAGACCGGUGACGGGAGUCUCUUGAGCUAUCCCACAAGCGUCUACUCCCGACGUGGUUGGCUGGGAAUAAAUUUCACCAUAUCCAAUAAUCAAUACUACACUCAUCAUAUCUUUCUCUAUAACCCAUGGUCAAGAGUUCGGAUUCGGCUCCCAACGUUGGAUCACGAUUUUCCGAAGCAACCGGAAAUCAAGUUCGUUUUGUCAUCUAAACCGACAAAUCCUCCUCAAAUUUCAGUUGCUUUAGCUACUGGUAAAAAAAUCGUAGUUUGGAAAUCAGGAGAUGAAGAGUGGACCCCCGUUGAUAAUCCUUUCGAGGAGAAUAUGCCAGUUUUUGAUAUGAUAAGCUACAAAGGUGGAUUCUGUGCAAUUGACUAUGCAGGGAACGUUGCACAAUUUGAGUUCAAUCCUCUUCCUCGUGCCACAAAAAUUCCAACUGCUGGAUUUGAGAAGCUGUUUGUUUUGUCAAUAUACAUCUGUUGUGUGGAAUCGCUGUCUGGGGAUCUGUUGAUUGUUUGUAGACCUCGGCGGUGGUCCUUCUAUGUUUUCAAAUUGGAUUGGGAGUCGAUGGUGUGGGGUGAGAUCACAAGCUUGGGUGAUGAUGAAGCAAUUUUCAUGGCGCGUAGGGAUUCUGUGUGCGUAAGAGCUGAUAAAUCUACCGUAUACAAAAACAAUUGCAUCUACUUCAGAGACGCAGAAUUUCCAACGGAAGAGGAUUUCGGGGCAUACAACAUGGCAAAUAAAACCAUCCAUCAAUUCUCUCACCCUUAUACGGGGAGAUGUCUACGCUACCAAUGGUUGACAACGCAGUUAUGAACAAUGUUAUAUAUAUAUAUUAGUUUUAGAAUAAUUGUCAUUCAUUUUGAGGCUGUUUUUGUUUGAGAAAUAUUAUUUUACA